AUGGAAACCGUGAAAACUAGUGCUUUAUAUAGUAUAGGUUCGUUUCAUCUUUCUGCUUCUUCUGAUCAGAGCGACAGCCAGGUGGAGGAUACAUUUGAACUAGAUCAUUCAGGAGAUGAACUAUUUGCAAAAUUUUAUGCUGCACUUGAUGAAAUCAAUUUCUUUAAGACAUCACCUGCUGGAGCUGAAGAUCCUGGCCUACUUUCAAAAGCAACACAAUACUUUGAUGAUGCAUUACUGGCGAUGCAGAAGUUGGGAAAGAAAAGGGCAAGCUUAGUAGACAUUGCAGAGUCCUUUAAAUCAAGAGGUAUGUGGUCUGCAUCCAAUGCCUAUCUAAACUCUGUACAUUUUUAUGUGUUGUUCUGUUACUCAGAAAAUUAA